AUGGCUGACACCACUGGCCCAGUCGCUUCAGCUAUCGUCUCCCCAGAUGCUGAACCCAGAGUGGAUGCUGAAGCUGAAGCUCCUGAAGCUCCUAAAUCUCCCAAAGCUCCUCUAAAACGGCGACUGUCCUCGGCGUCCGACUCGGACUCGACAUCGAAGCGACCCAAGUGUUCCCCUGAUGCACCUCUGCGCGAUUUUUCCCAGCCAAUCCAGUCUGUCAGAAAGGAGCCAGAGGUUAAGAGCGAGGAUGCGCUUCAAAAACGUCGGAAGAGCAGCGUUCAAGAAGAGAAGAGGCGCGGGCAGCGAUUAUUCGGUGGACUGCUAAGCACACUCAGCCAGAGUACGCCAAAUGGUCAGCAGAAGCGACGGCUGGAUAUCGAGAAACGCCAGCAAGAGAAAGCUAAGCAGCAAAAGGCCGCCGACGAGGCGCGGAGGAGAGAGAAGCUCGCAGAUUUAAAGACUGUCCGGAAGGCUGAGCAGAUCAUCUACGACGAAGCUGAGAUGCGAACACGACAUUCCAACCUUAUAGCAAUGGCGCACUUCCUCUACACAGCAUCUGAGCCGAGAAUUUACUACAGCCCGUGGAAACUGCUGUCACGAGAUGAAGAGCGAAUCAGGACCCAGAUUAAGGAAGCCGAAGCCACGAUCGACAGAGAAACCUCACAAUUUAAAUUGCGAUAUCCGGACCGAUCUGUGAGAAAUGAUUCCAGGACAGAAAAAGCUGACAGCAUGUCAAAAGAGACGCCGGGUGAGCCUCUAACCGAGUCUCCCUCUGUUCCCAACAUUGAUGUUACUACUAAUGAUCCCCCUGAACUACAAGCACCACAGUCUGAGCAGAACAAGGAUGAGAAUCAGGUCCAGGAGGAACAUACUGGCGAGGUUGUCGUGGAGAACGAUGAAGAUACGGUCAUAUACUGA